AUGCCCCCGCGUGCCUUCGGCCCUUUUCAGGAGAACACACCGUCGGAUUACCUCUUCAGCGACGACACCAAGCCCGAGGUUGACGCCGUGCUGGCAUCGAAGCGCGCGCGGAAUGCCAAGGCCGCAGCCCGGUCACGCGCCCGGCGUCGAGCCCGGCAUGAGGCUCUCGAAGUGCGUGUCGAGGCGCUGACCGCCCUGAAUGAGCUCCUCCAGCGUCGGGGGCACUGCCUGAACAUGGCAUCUGUCGCAUGCGAGGAGCUUGCCAGCAUUCAAGCGCAGUGUCGGCACUAUCUGCCGCUUUCAGCAGCCGGAACCGCCACCCCAAACUCGGGCGGCAUGCCUUCGACCGGGGCAUUCGCCAGCGGCUUGGAUCGUGAGUACCCCACGGCCGGAGGUGCCCCGGUGCAGCCGGCCCCCGAGCAUGCCUCCCACACCCCUGUGCCGUCGUCUGGAACGCCGUACUCGGCGUCGCAUCCGGGUCCCGGUGUGGCAACCGUGGCCGGGGGGCAACAUGAUCACGGCAUCGGGCGCCCAGCGCCUCCGCCAGCCGGCCCACCGCCCCUACAUCCCCAUCACCUGCAGCAGCAGCAGCAGCAGCAGCAGCAGCAUCGCAGCCAGUAUCCGCAGCAGCAGCAGCAGCAGCAACAGCAGCUGCUGUUGCUGCCGCCACAUUCACAACCGCAGUUCCACCAUGCACCGGCCCCGGAGCAUGUCUCCUUUUCCGGCGCCGGCGGCGCCUGGCAGCCAGGGCCAUCACCAGGCAGCCUGGGACACAUGGCAAAUAACAUGCAUGGGGGGCUGCCGCAGUCGAAUUGCGGUGCCGAGGACUUCAGGCCUCCCCACCCGGACGGUCGGUCGCACGGCCACCAACAUCAGGCCUUCCACAAGGCGCCUGCCGGCGGCGGGGCUGGCUUCCCCUCGGCGUCAGAGCCUGCCGGAUCACACCACCACGAUCGCCUUCAUUCCCACCACCACCAUCAUUCGACCCUGCACCAUGCCCCGUCAUUCGGCCCUCCGCCGCAUCACCAUCUGGAGGCGCCCCGCCCGCCCACACAGCAUGUUGACCGUGGCCCGAUGCUCAGCUGA